CCACAUGCUGUUACGAGUGUUACCCUCAGUCUACCCCCGGCAACCAGACACCAUCCACGGUCACCUAGGCAACCUGACUGCAAUGAUGUCACAGCUGGAGUCCCCGGAGCAGCAACACCUGAUCAGGCUCAUUCAAAUUGUCGCAGAGCAACAUCCACUUAUGUUGAGCCCUCAGGUUCCCGUUCUUAUUAGCUUCCUUGGAGACCAGUCCCUGACAGAGUGCCUGCUGGGAGCGCUGGUGGACGUGUCUCAGGCCAGCCCCUCCUCACUGGUCAGCUUCCUGCCAACGCUGAGGAUUCUGGGUCAACAGUGCCCAGCUCUCCUGGGUCACGUAGCCAAAAUCCAUGGUGCCGUGGGAAUCAUCAGUGAGGCUGCACGCUCACAUGACUUGUUCUCUGUUGUCCUGCCAAGUGUAAAACACACACUGACCCACCAGACAGGCCGGGCACAUCCGGAUAUUUGA